CUUUUUAUUUCUUUAUUGUAAAAUUAACCAGACGAAAAUUAAAACAUUGCUUCUUGAAUAAUCCCAUUAACGCAAACCAGGUUUAACAGUUUAUCAAAAUCCAAUUAAAGUAGUUAAACGAGUCAACUAACUACCUAUUCCUAUAAGUCUGUUCCAAAACUUUAGCGCUUCCAAAGCACGUACCAUGGAAUUAUUUCAAAACCUGCAAGCUUGAAACUUAGUCUACCCGAUACACCAGCUACAUCAUCUUCAGAUGCACAAUCAUACAAUGUCUCGCUUACCUCCUCUAACGACACCAGUUAAUUUACAACAUCCAACAAGUAGUAACGACUGACAGCGGUCAGACGCGAAGUAAUUAAGUAAUUACAUCCCGCACCGUUCAAUGAAGCGUGCAAUCUCCCUAACAACUUAGACAUCUUCGACGAAUCGAUUUUCCCAUUACCAACUUCCGAAUCCCCAACCAUUACCGACUACCGCUGACUAUAUAAUACAUUCUCAAAAACCGCAGCGGUCAAUCCGCGCACCUUUUCAAAAAAUCCCCCACCGAAAGAGACCGUCACAUCCGCCGUCACGUCACAGCUGAUCGUCACACUCGAGUUUCGCACGCGCAUGACACAGCGCAGUAGCGGAGAGAGCAGCUAGCUCGUCGAACCGCUCUUUUUCUCUCUCUCUCUCUCUCCCGGCGCGCGCGCGCAACACACACACACACACAGAGCACAUCUGCCGGAGCGAAACUCGCCGGAGAGUCUGUCUCUCGGGUCGCGAGCGUUGAUUCAGUGCUGGCCGCAGCGCGGAACAUGCCGCCGUCGCUCGCCGCGUCCGCGCGACCAAACAGGUGUCGUCGUCAAGCCCAGUCGUCCUCUUGAUUAGGAUACAUAGGCAUUUUCCUCGUGAGUGACCUGUGAGUACGUACAGGAUUAUACAUACUGAGAGAGUCGACGCCCGACUACUGUUACUACUUGUGCCUCAGUGAGUGUGUUGUAUAUUUGCGAUUUUGUGCUGCACGUGGAGAAAGAGAGAGAGAAAAGAACCGUCGCUAGUGUUCAACAUAUAGGUGUAUAUUAUACGAUGGCGAGCGCCGGUGCGUCCUGCUGCCGGGCGAUGCUGUCGCUCAGGCUCGAGCUGACUACCUGCAGGGUUAUCCGGGUGAGCAGAGCCGGGCCUACGCUGGCGUCGUCGCAGGCUAGAGGCUACGGCGGAUUCGGCAGAAACGAAACCUGGUGCAGAAGAUGGUGGAACAUAUACCGAAAGGGUCUUUCCACGGGCACGCGAACGUUCACUCCGAGUCUAAGCCCGAUGCUGUCGAAGGAGCAGCAGCACUACAAGGAGGCACGGGAGACGACGGAAGCGAAAGUUGCGACGGAGUCAAAAGUUGGAGCAAAGGAGUCAAAGGGCGCGAAAACGGCUAAGGAUUCCAAGGAGACGAAGGAGUCGCAGAAACAGGCUAAAGAGAAAAGCAGCGCCAUAAUGCCCCCAGGAAAAGAGAAGAUCUCCAGGGAGAGAAAAAUGCAGCAUCUGCAGCCGCGAAAAACGUUGCUCGUGAUAUGCGAGAAGAAGGUAACGGUGGAAUAUCACCGAGGGCUUCCUAGGAUCACAGUUCCACUGCCAUCGAGGCCGGAGAAAUGCAUGUUCACGUUGAAGCCGAUCACUCAGACCGUCGGCGAUUUCCUGGACAUAAUCAAGCAAGAGGAUCCCGCGGUCAUCGAUGCGAACAUAACUUCGACGAACGGCGUGAGAAUGGGCGCUACCAACAGGAUAGAGACAAUGCUGCUCGACGAUUUCAAUCUGAUAAUCAACGACAAGGUUUAUCCCGUUUCGCCUCCUCCGCCUAUCGAGAAACCGAAGGAAAACUUGCGGCAAUUGCAAGAUUUGCAAUGUUUAAUUAAUCAACUUUACGAGACGUUUAAUGCCCGAGAGUAUCAUGUCGAAAUGGAACGGCAAGUGAUGCUACAGCUCGAGGAAGUGAGAAUUGAAUUGGAACCGCUGGAACAGCAACUGAUGGCGCUGGACGAAGCCGCUGUUCGAAGAUCCACCUACGCCUCCUGGGGUGUCCUGGUGUUCAUGGCCAUGCAAUUUGGUUGUUUGGCGCGACUCACUUGGUGGGAGUACUCCUGGGACAUUAUGGAGCCCGUCACGUACUUCGUCACGUACGCAACGGCCAUGGGAUGCUACAUAUAUUACCUCCUUACCAGACAGAAACAGGAAUACAUGCUCCCUGAGGUGUUCAACCGCGAGCGCCUGAUCGGCCUGCACAAGAAGGCGAAGAAAAUCGGCUUCGACCUCCAGCGCUACAACCAGCUGAAAGAAGAAUCUUACGAGCUCGAGAUGAUGCUGCGUCUGAUCCGUGGACCUCUUCACAUGCAGCAAUGCAUAGUCGAGCAGAGGCGCCGCGAACGUCUCGCGCAGUGUCAGAAAUCCAGCAGCUCAAGCAGUUCCUCGUCGUCCCGCUCGCCAAGCUCAUCGCCGUCGCCGAGCCCAGACAGGAGCGUCCAUGACGACGCGAAGAAAAGCGAGACAGCAGCAGCUUCGAAGAAUUAUCCUUAGGCUGUGAUUACGAAUUAAUUGAGCUUCGAUAUAUGAUUGACGAAUGAAAUAUGGGAUUGUGGAAGUCGAGCUUUGCUGACUCGUUCUUUUCUGUUUUUACAUUGCAUUGACUAUCUGUUUUAACUCGAUUUAUUACGAUUAUGAGAUGUUUUUAUUCUACUCGAGAAUAGAAGACAAAAUUUAUGAACUAGGUGUUUAUUGUGUUGGCAAAGCGCAACUUCACAGCCUUAAAGAGACUUAAAACGAACGAAGAAGCACACAAUUAUAUACUGGACGAGUACGAUGUACUUAAAUGCGUGUUUGUUACGGCGAAAAUGUCGAAUUCGAUUUGUAAAUUAUAUAUAUAUAUACUUUUCGUUAGCUCGAAUCAACUGGUUAUUUUUGUUACUAUGACGUAUUUAAUGACUAUAUACAAUUCAGCACAAAUCGUCAAUAGAUCGUAAAGACGAAUAUACCUCGAUUGUUGUAAUUUUUUAAGCUACUCGUGUAUUAUAUCAUAAUAAUUGUAUACUUAACGUUUUGAUGAUUCUUUUGAUAAGACUUGACAGAUCGAAUUCGACCAUUUUCUUCGAGGCCGUGAUAUCAUAUGUAGAAGAAUUCAGGUGACUAUUGUGAUCAUGGGCGAUCCCAACGAAAGCUUCAGGAAAAAAUGUUACUACGUUAUUUCAUCUUAGAUAGUGAAUAAAGAGCAGUAAUAUUCAUUAUCCCUACAUAUAUUCGUGGUAGGAAUUGUUCCGAUGUGUAAGAGAUUGUAAAGAAAACUGCAUAGUUACUCUUUCGCAGAUUUAAAUAAUAAUUCAAUAGCAUAUUCAAAUUGUUCAGAUAUAUUUCACGUCGGUUCAUUACUUUUUAUACCAUUCUGUCCUAGUACUUUUCACUUCAUUUCGUAUUUAACUGAUUUUUGUCAAAUUCGUAUCAUUUACAAUUGAUUUAUAUUCUCAUGAACACAUUUCAACCACGGAUAGUUUAAGAAUCUCCGAAUCGCAUUCGCGACACGCACACUCCUUGCCAACGAUUCUUUGAAAUGUGUAUUAAAAGAUCCGCAACAGCGACUGAGACUGGACAAUCGCGUCGCUUGUAAUAUUACAGUGUUAAAAGUCGAGCGAUGAAUUCGCGACGUGAGUGAAGGAAAACCCGAAAGUUUAAAAAAAUGCCAUUAUACAGACUUGCAAUCCGUGUUUAUCGCGAAUUGUGCGUUACAGGAAUGUUAAACGUGUAAGCGGACUUUUCAUUUUAAAUGUAAAAUGAAGUCAGUAGCGUUAUAAGAAAACGAAGUAAUUAUCGUAAGGUCUUCAUUACCGUCAUUUACCAAUACCUAUACGUAAGCAACGUCGAUCAAUUGAUUUGUUUUUGUUUUGUGAGUGUGUUCGUUUUGCAACUGACGUGAAUAUCGUUUACUAUUAAUUGAGAUUGAAACUAUAGCUGAAAGUUGAUAUAGAUUUGACUUUUGCGUUUGAAUAUUUGUAAGUUAUAAAUGUAUGAUAAUGUUCUAAACAAUGCAGCGCUCGAUUGAUAGCAAAUGACUCAAUUCACUGUGUAAUUUUUAUUAUCCUUCUUCAAGUAUGACGGUGAUGAUAGCCGAUUAUCGUGAUGUCAUGUACCUUAAAUCAGUGACGAAUUCUUUGAACACUGUAGGAGAUCCUAUAUAUAUAUUUAAUUAAGAAUUUAAACUAAGACUCUGUAGAGGCGAUACUAUUUUGAAGAAAAAUAAAUUAGUGAUGGUUUUCAGUGUACAGGCUGGUGCUCAAGAUAUUUGAGAUUCCUAUGUUCCGUAACUUCGAAUUCUAUAAAUGUGCUGUACUAAUUAAAAAAAAAUGUAUCUCACUUAACAAAUACAAAUUUUAUUUGCAUAAAGCCUAAAACGAUUCUACAAAGGUAAAGUUGUUAGAUACUGCGUUUUGAUUAUAUAAAUUAUCAACCACUUUGGCUAUGAGCCCUACCAAGUUAAAAGAUUGUUGCAACAAAGCAGCACAUUUAUACUUUUCGCUCCUAAUGAAACGAAUCUCUGUACUUCACUUAUCUAACUUAUGAUAACAAAAUACGUACUUCUCAUUUACUAUGCCGUAAAUGGAAAUGAAAAGAAUGAAAUAUAUUUAAGUUGAUAACGUCGUACUUGCGAUUAAUCGAAUUUCAUUCUCUAGACCUACAUUUCUAGAGCUUUUUCAUUGAUGACAUGUAUAUAACGAAAAUCAACUACUUUACUAACUUUACAUUGCCUUUUAUCAUUAAGAACGUACACUUUUGUAAUAAAAAUCCUCGUAACUCAUAUAUAAUACUAAGUCAUAUAGCAUUUAAUUUUUCAUCGCCGUCGCCUCAUCGAUGAAAAAAAAAUAACAAAUGUAAUUUAUUCUAUUAUAUUUUUCACACUUAAAAAACUUUAAUCAAAACACGAGCUUGAGCUAUCACAAACGACUAGCGCGAAAUUCCCAGCUUACAUGACAAGCUUCCAAUUUCAUGAAACCAUUUGUUCGAGUAGGUAAUCCAGUUACGAAUAAUAGAGUAUAUUUGAGUAACAAAUACAAAGGCUUCCUUACCUAGAUAAUCGAAAGUAAAAUAUAAUAGAAAAAAAGUAUACACAAAAAUUAUAUGCGUUGUAGUAAUGCAGAUAUCUUAUAUAAGAGUUUUACAACGCUUUUGCACGCCUAGAAAAGUGUACUUUAUUAAUUUUUCUUCAUACCUUAAGAUCUAUACUCUUAAACACUUUCCAUGCUGAAGGAAAGUCAAUUUACAUAUACUUAUAGGCGUAUAUGAAAGGGAAAAAAAUGUAUGAACACACCAGAAAAAUUUAGAUUAGGAUAUUUUUAGGUAAAAAAAUGAUCUUACGAACUUGAAUAAAAUCUUACAAACAAUCCUCGAAAAAGGCUUUUCUAUAAUCUAUUAUAAUCAAAUUCUUCUCUCGAUUGUAUGUAAAUAAAGCGAAUUCUUAUUCAAGUUUCAUCCGUCCGCCAAGCGGCUCUUUUCAGUUUUUAGAUUCUUCAUUUUGUUCGAACGUACACCGUUGAUGAAUUUUGGUGAAGAAUAAGAAAAUCAGUCAGGAAGGAUAAACCCCUCGACCCAUAUAUUAUUAAUCAAUCUUAAAAAAUGCGCUUUUCAUCGAAUAUAAUUAAUAAUAAUAUAAUUAACAGUAUAUAUAAAGGUUUACUAUCAAGAGUUCUCAAUCCCGUUAAUAAAAAAAUUAAUAAAAUAGCAACUUUCACUAAAAAAAAUUUAGGACAAAUCACAAUAUUAACAGUUUCUGCACUAUAUAGACAUAACUAUAAAUUAUAUCUAAAAUCACUAACUCCUGAUUACUCUAGUUCUACAGAUAACAUUCGGCAACGUUUCUGAAAGCGCAAACUACGUAAAAUAGAAAAUCUAGAUCGCCAUUGCGCUUUUUACUAGUGCCAAUAACUUAUCUACAAUUUCUUCAUCUUGUACUACCGAUUCUAGAAUGAUAAGGUUUUUCUAAGGCGAAUAGCGUUGUGAAGUAUUGAAGUUUUGAAACUAACAGAAAGGAAUUUUGAUGAUUUUUUAAAAUUCCUUUCAGUUGAAACAAUUUAUAAGACUCUUAAAUCUCUAGUUGCAAAACAAGGACACACAGCAUUCAAUUAAGAAAUGAAAAAUCAUCUUUGUGAACUCAUUGAUAAAGUAAAGUUACGUGUUAGAUCGAUGGAUUAUAAACAAUAAAAUAACACCACGAUGUGAAAAAUGAUGUUUCGUCUGAAAAAAAUUAUUUGAGUAUAAAGUCAUUGUCAUAAACUUAUGAAUCUUACACUGUUAUUCUGCAAACUAAUGAUUAAAAGCCUAAAAUAACAUUUUAAUUUGAGACCAUUCAAAUAUUGUCAAAUUUGUGUAAUUCUCGUACAGAUUGUAUAUACAUGUGAUGCUUGGUCUGUGUAAUGUACGUACAUUUACAUGUCCAAAUUUAGUUCUUCAAAGUCUAUGAAACUCUGCAUACUGUAAACUGUCAAGGGUUGAGUUCCAAAUGGUUGUACGUCAUAAGAUGAUGAUGUAAAAUCAUUGCAUGGCGAACAGUUAUAUGUACCUAAUUUUCAAUUCCAUUUUUAUGUUUUAGAAAAUAAACGUGCAUUACUUUUUAAAAGAUUUUAAAAAUGAAAUUGAACAAAAGGGUCUCUGCAAUUGUUGGCGAUUGAAGAUUUACUGCUGUCUUUAUUUUUAAUAUACAUUUAUUGAUUUGUAAAUAAAUUCUCUUCUCGUUAAAGAUGUAAAAAUUAAAAUUUUAAAACUAAAACAAGGACGUAAAGAAAGACAGAAAUAAAUAUUAAAACCGAUGAAAAUUUAACAAAAAUGAAUUAUUUCCUAAAAGUGUCGUCAAUAAAUGUACAAUGAAAUCAGAGUAAACAAAAUGAAUGAAACAAGCUUUUUAUACUUGUUAAUCCUUAAACGUCUACGAUAUCAUGCACUUCGUUAGAUAUGUCAAUUCUUGAUGAAUUCGCCAUUUUAAUGAAGAUAUAAUUAUUAUACUUGCGCAUAGAGGUAAAGUAAUCGAGAACAAAAUGACCAUGUGUGACUGUGAAAAUCCGAUUGUUGUAAGAUGCUCAUACAAAUUUUAAAUUUAGUAGGCAUGAUCGAAUGAAUUAUACAUAUUUGCAACAAGAACCAAAAAAUGAAUCGUUUGCUCAUUUAUUAUUUAAAGUACAAAUGACAUUUCUUUGAGAUUACGAUGAUACGUGGAUACACACAGCGAACGAUCGUGUCCAAAUAAUUUAAUGCUAUGUUACUCUAUGUAAAUAGUUUUAAAUAAAUACAUAUUUAUUCAUUA